GUUGUGAGAGCACGUUUAGCAUUUCAAGUUACCGGCGAACAUGUAUAUUCUGGAAUUUGCAAUACACUGUCUUUAAUGUUUAGGAGAGAAGGAGGUAUCUCUGCUCUUUAUAAAGGCUUGUCACCUACAAUUCUUGCCAAGAUUCCAUCAGCAGGUCUCUCCUUCUAUGUGUUUGAGCGUAGCAAGGCUUUUUUAUUGGAAUAUAGGCCAGAAUUAUGUGGUCGAUCUCAUUCAAGUAGCAGUGGAGGCAUAGUUCUAACAUUACCUGCCAAAUUAUUUUGCGGUGGCCUUGCAGGCGGUAUUGCACAAACUGUAUCCUACCCACUGGAUGUUGCUCGCAGAAAAAUGCAGUUAGGCAUGAUGACAGCUGAAACUCAAAAAUUUGGGAGAGGUCUUAUUGAGAUAUUAGUACUUACAUACAAAAAAGAUGGCAUUGCAAAUGGACUUUUUAGGGGAAUGACCAUUAACUACUUACGAGUUGUCCCAAUGAUGGCUGUAUCAUUAUCAACUUAUGAAUUGGGGAAACAAAUAUUUGGAUUAGACACUGGCAUUGACUCUUGAUCUGGUAAAAAAAAAAAGAGGGAGAAUCUUCUUUGUAUAUUAUCAUUGGAAGCUUGCGGAACUCCCAGUAUUGCAUGUAUUUUUGCCAUCAAAACUGUGAUGAAAUGGGUGCUUACAGUUAUUUUUACUAGUCAAAAUUUAUGAAUUUGUCUAUGCUAUGUAUAGUAUUUCUAGUGCAUUUGUUUAUUUGUGGAAUUUAAAGUUGUCAUUUUUUAAUUCCAUUAGAUUUUUAAAGUUAUAUUUAUUUUGUUAUUAAAGAUUGCAUUUUUUAAAGUUUUUUUCACUUUAGAUCAUAAACUUAAAUGUACACAUGUGUUUUAGCAAUUUCCUGACUUCUGAUUUUGAUUAAAAACUAAAUAAAUAUUCUACCGAUUGGCCAUUAAGAUAACACAUGUUUUUAUCUUAUAAUUUUGUAUAAAAAAUCUUGAGUACUUUUUGGUUAACUGGAUGCUAGUGGAAAUAAACUCACCAAAUAUUUUAGAGUUUCUCCAAAAAAAAAAAAUCACUUUUAUGUGUUUAUAUAGAUGAAGUUUUGCUUUACUUAUGCUCAUUUUGCCUUUAGGUAGGAUUUAGGUAGUUAGCCAAAAAGUACUAAAAUGAUAUAUAUACACUUUUAAAAGAUUAUAAAGCUAAAAAAUUUUUUAAGAAAAUUCGUAAUGGGAUUGAAUACUUUAUGUACAAAAUCAUGAUGAAAAAACGUUGUUUAUAUGCAAAGAAAUAAAUAUUAGCUUUGUAAAAAUAUUUUAUAUUAGAUAUCACGGAAUGACGUUUCUUAUACAUAUGAUAUAAAAUAAAACCUGUUUAUAAUACUUUGCAUUUAUA